GGCAUACGAGCCCAUUCUUAAUAACCCAGACAUGUUCAGCAGAUUACAGAACCUUGUUUUGAAGUGCCUUGGCUUUUUUCUUGCAAACAACAUGUCUAUUACUAUGACUGUCUUGAUUUUUUUGUGUGAUAUAGGAGACAUUCUGCACUAAAUGAUGGCUUCACAAUAUACAUGUUCAGUCAGGCAGUCAAUGGUUCCCUUCGGCAUACAACACUUUUCAAACACUGAGACAUGAUAAAUUAAUGGUUAAAUAGUACUUGAUGACAUUUUGUGGCAAACAGUUUUGUUUUCACAGUCUACAGAGGUGCACUCCUUCACACGUCAGGUCCACUUUAAGUGAUUCCUGGAAAAGCUUUCAUCAGGGUCUCCCUCUUUUGGAAACAGCCCCAGUCUGGCACAGCAACUGAGUUCAUAGCCUGUGCAACACGGUUCCAACAAUCAUGCAGAAGUGCGCACUUGUGCUGGUGAACUGAAGAUGCCUCCUGCAGCAGCAACUAAUCUAGGCUAUACCCCACCGGAUGGAGGUUGGGGCUGGGCUGUGGUCUUUGGGGCGUUCAUCUCCAUAGGAUAUGCUUCUGCGUUUCCCAAGUCCCUUGCCGUCUACUUUAAGGAAAUUCAGGAAUAUUUUUCAGUUUCCUACAGUGAGAUCGCCUGGGUGCCUUCAGUUAUGCUGGCCUGUAUGUAUGGAGGAGGACCUGUGAGCAGUAUACUUGUCAACCGCUACGGCAGCAGACCUGUGGUUCUGCUUGGUGGACUCAUGGUUGGCGCUGCCAUGGUGCUCGCUUCUUAUGGCACUAGUAUCAUACAACUGUAUGUUUAUGUUGGAUUAAUAGGAGGUUUCGGCCUCGCCUUCAACCUGCAGCCAGCACUGACGAUCAUAGGCACCUACUUUCAGGUCAGAAGGCCACUGGCAAAUGGGCUCGCAAUGACAGGAAGCCCAGUUAUUUUGUUAAUUCUGGCUCCCCUCAAUCAGUUUCUGUUUGAUUCUUUUGGCUGGAGGGGUAGCUUCCUCAUCCUGGGAUCCAUUGGUUUGAACUGCUGUGUAGCUGGUGCUCUGAUGAGACCAGUCGGUAAAAGUAUCCAACCCAAACCAAAGACCGAACCACCAGAGUGUGACGCGGCAGUCGCUGAGAAAGCUGAAGCUGUGGACACCACUGAACAGUCAGCCAGCCUCCAAACUGAAAAAGGCAAAAGCCAAAGCAGAAGUCAGAGUUGUGUGCACAGAUUCAUAGAUCUCUCACUAUUCACACACCGGGGCUUCCUAAUUUAUCUCAUUGGUAAUGUGGUCAUGUAUUUUGGUAUUUUUGCACCUGUGGUUUUUUUAACUCCAUAUGCGAAGCAUCAAGGGAUUGAUGAAUAUUCAGCAGCUUUAUUGCUCUCUAUUUAUUCUCUGGCGGACAUAUUUGUCAGACCAGCAACUGGCUUCAUUGGCAACAGCAAGUGGAUUAGGCCACGCAUCCAAUAUUUCUUCAGUUUUGCUAUUUUAUACAGCGGCGUAUGUCACCUUUUGUGCCCUCUGGCAUCAGGAUAUGUGGGUCUGGUUGUUUAUGCUGUCUUCUCUGGUUUGGCUUUUGGGAUGGUUUCUGCUCUGCUCUUUGAAGUUCUGAUGGAUCUUGUUGGAGCUCAUCGCUUCUCCAGUGCGGUUGGGCUUGUCACCAUUAUGGAGUGUGGACCAGUGCUUCUUGGACCUCCAAUUUCAGGAGCCUUGGUGGAUAUUUCUGGGGAAUACAAUUACAUGUACUAUGCAUGUGGAUUAUUUAUGCUGGUGCCCGGUAUAUUCCUCUUCAUCAUGCAUUACUACAACUACAAGAAACUGGACGAGGAGCAGAGGCAGAGUGUGGCUGUGGAAAUGAAAACUUCUGAAGAGACAGUAAAACUUCAAAUAGGCCCGGAUGAUAAAACAGCACAUGAAGCAGAUAGAUGAACCUGCUGAUCAUGAUUUUAUUUUUCUUGGAAACAGAAAGAUGAUACUGCACAGAUUUUACUGCAGGAUUCCCAGCACAGUAUACAGACUGUUGUUAAAAAAUUGAAUAACCUUUUAAAAAUCUACUUUUAAUAAGGUUAUUAUAUUCCUUGGAUCUUUGCUACUAUUAGUAUUUGCUAUUUUAAUGGUUAUUUUAUGUUAUUAUUUUUAUUACACUAUGUGGUGGCUGUAACUCCUAGCCUCAGACAAAGGACUUAUCUCUGUACUUGUCCUCCUAGAUCUCAGUGCUGCUUUUGACACCAUU